CGGUGUGUGUAAUAUAUUAUACAAAAUCAUACCCGGCCAUAACUUAACGAUUCCAACUUUUUUAAAAAAAAGGUUGUAUUUGUCUAUGGCUUCAGUUUACUUGUUUAUUGGUCCAGUUAUCCGUAAAAAAAGCUCUGUAGUUACAUACACAAGUAGAUUUGAUAUAUGCAAGCCUUUAUGUUCAUCAAAUUCCACAUCAUCAUCAUCGAUGGGCGUGGACACUGCAGUCAAUGCUAAACCUCUAAUUGUUCGAAGAUCAGCAAAUUAUCAACCCUCUUUAUGGUCAUUUGAUCAUGUUCAAUCACUCACUAGUAGAUACACAGGAGAAGACAUAUAUGCCACAAGAGCACAUGUUUUGAAGGAAGAAGUGAAGGCCAUGUUACCAAAAGAUACUACAAACGUUGGGAAUCCAUUAAUUAAGACCCUAGAGUUGGUUGAUGACUUGCAAAGACUCGGAAUAUCAUAUCAUUUUGAAGAAGAUAUAAGAAAUGUCUUGGAGAUGAUUUACCACGAUUACUACAAACGCCAUGAAAGUUGGAACGAAAUGGAUCUGAACCUUAAAUCCCUUGGAUUUCGACUACUUAGACAGCAUGGUUAUCAAGUUCCCCAAGAUAUAUUUCACAACUUUAUGGAUGAGAUUCAAAACCUUAAACCACAAUCAUAUGAAGAUAUGGUGAGCCUGUUGAACUUGUACGAGGCUUCAUAUCAUUCCUUCGAGGAUGAAAGCAUAUUGGAUAAUGUUAGGGAUUUCACAACCAGAUACCUCCAAGAAAAUCUUGAGAACAUGGACCAAAGUAUAUCCUUGUUGGUUAGCCACGCUCUGGAGCUUCCGCUACACUGGAGAGUACCAAGAGUAGAGGCCAAGUGGUUUAUUCAAGUUUAUGAUCAGAAAAGAAAUGGCAUGAAUCCCACACUAAUUGAGCUUGCAAGGAUGGAUUUCAACAUUGUUCAGACGAUCCACCUUGAAGAUCUAAAAGACUCGUCAAGGUGGUGGAGAAAUAUGAAAUGGGAUCAGAAGUUAUGCUUUGCUCGAGACCGGCUGGUGGAGAAUUUUCUAUGGACGAUUGGUGUUAGUUACCUGCCUCAUUUUAGUUAUGGAAGAAGAGUUUUAACAAAGGUUAAUGCUCUAAUAACUACAAUUGAUGAUAUUUAUGAUGUGUAUGGCACUUUGGACGAACUUGAAAAAUUUACAGAUGUUAUAGACAGAUGGGAUAUCAAUGCGAUUGAUGAACUCCCAGAUUAUAUGAAGAUAUGUUUCCAUGGAUUCUACAACACGAUAAAUGAGAUCGCUUACAACACAUUGACAGAUACAGGAUUCCACAGUCUUCCAUUCCUAAAGCAAGCAUGGACCGAUUUAUGCAAGGCAUACCUAGUAGAAGCAAAGUGGUUCCAUAAUAGACAUGCACCGACACUUGAGGAGUACUUGGACAACGCUUGUGUCUCGAUAUCAGCUCAUGUAACACUCAUGCAUUUUAAUUUUUUAGCAUCAACUACUUCAUCAGCACAAAUCGGGCAAUGCAUGGAAAGAGCUGAUAACAUAGUUCGAUGCUCAGCACAAAUUUUACGACUCUCUGAUGAUUUGGGAACAUCUGCAGAUGAGAUGGAAAGAGGUGAUAAUUCAAAAUCAAUCCAAUGCUACAUGCAUGAUACUGGUGGUACUGAAGACGAAGCAAGAACAUAUCUACACGAGUUAAUCAUGAUUACAUGGAAGAAACUUAACAAAGAACGAGCAUUAUGUGAUAAUUCCCAAAUUUCACGAGAGUUUAUCGAAUGUGCAACAAACAUAGCCAGGAUGUCACAGUUCAUGUACGGCCAUGGUGACUGGCAUGGCCGUCCCGACGAUGUCACUAUCAAUCAUGUAUUGUCAUUGCUUUGCGAUCCAAUACAAGAAAUCUAAGUACUCAAGAAUGCUGGGAAAAGUUAUCAUUUUGUAUAUAUGUACGUUUAUUAAGAUCCGGCCAUGGGUUUAAUUGAUUACCUUUGGAUAGAGGUAAAACUGUCUACAUCACACCUCUCCCAUAACCCGUUUAUGCCGAGAUUGGGUACAAAUUAUUGUUGUCUUGUUAGUUGUAUAUUAGGUGAGAUUUAUAAUGAUAUUAUACAUGAAAUAUGUUGUGUUAUGUUUCA